AUGGAACAUGAAUUACUUCUGGGGGUGUUGAACGUUGUUAUCGACGCCUGGGAAAUGAAAUUCCACCUUCUCGAGGUUCAAGGCUCCGAAGAAGAAGGAAUUUGGUACUAUCGCCAGAACCCAGAAUCAGACGUCACCAAGCGGCAUCCCGAAAUGCCAUGUUUUUGGACCAAUGAAGGCAGGCGGGAAUACACACAGUGGGAAUCCCACAACCGGGUGCUCUUCGACGACGUCGACCGCAUAUGUCGUCUCCUCAAGGCCUCGAAGAGUGCCCCCUCACCCACUCGAACAAUGGGCAGCAAAGCUUGGUAA